UGACUCCAGGGUGAGUAAGUGUGGAUUACUGACUGAGGGCAUGUUUGCUGCAAGACCCUGUGUGAGCUGCUGAAAGAUCAGAUGUUAAACAAGAUGUCUUCGCUUGGACUGUGGCUGGGUGUGCUGCUGGGUCUGUUCAUCGGGCACUCAGAUGGAUGGUUUUGGUUUCCUGAUUCACAAUCUGGAGACAAGAGCACUCAGGCACCAGCCAAUGUGACUACUUUAGGCACAACCGUUCUGACAACCGGUCCAUUACCUGUUUCAACAACAGUACCAACAACAGUAGUUACAACAGUACCUACAAAAGAACAUCUGGCGAUAGAAGACACAGGUGCUACUGAUGCGGCUGUCCUUGCUACGGAGAGAGGUGUUUCGCUGUCAGAGCUGAUUGGUUACCCACUUCCUGAAGGUGUCACCAAGAGUUUUGAUCCAGAACCUGGAUUUGUGCUUGAUCAGAACUCCAAGACCGGUCAACUAGCCCGUGUGCACCUGCCCACAUCUUUUUACCGUGACUUUUCCCUCAUGUUCAACCUGAAACCCACUUCAUCCAAAUCGGGAGUCAUCUUCUCAAUUACAGACACCAACCAGAAAAUUAUGUAUGUGGGGGUGAAGCUUACAGCCUUGAAGGACGGAAAGCAGAACAUUGUCCUCUUCUAUACUGAGCCAGACUCUCAGACAUCCUAUGAAGCUGCAAGUUUUGUUGUUCCCUCCCUUGUCAACAUUUGGACACGUUUCUCUAUCAGUGUGUUGGAUGAGCAAGUCACCCUGUACCCCAGUUGUGACUCUGAACCCCAGAUUCUCCCAUUUGAGCGUUCUCCAGAUGAAAUGGAUCUGGAACCAGGAGCUGGGAUCUUUGUGGGUCAAGCAGGGGGAGCUGAUGAUGAUAAAUUUGUGGGUAUUAUUGGAGAUCUGAAGGUGGUCAAUGACCCUCGUGCAGCUGAACGGUAUUGUGAGGAGGAAGAGGACGAUUCUGAUGGAGCCUCGGGCGAUUAUGGAAGCGGUGAUUAUGAAAACAAGCACACAGUCUCGACCACAAGUCAGCCUUCCAUUCCUUUACAACAGCCACCAGUAAUAACAUCUCCUGUCGUAACAGUGAACAAGGAUGUGCUCAAAGGCUCGGUUGAUGGCUAUGGACGUAUUUCUGGCUCAUACGGUGAUUCUCGUCGAACGUCUGGCUCACACGCAAAUUCUGGAAAAUCAUCUGGUAUACAUGAAGAUUCUUUUGGUGCUUAUGACAGUUCACGGCGAACAUUUGGCUCGUAUGACAAUUCUGAAUCAACAUCUGAUAUACGUGAUGUUUCCGGGCAUACAUCUAUCUCGGCUGAUGGCUUACGGACUUCGGUUUCGAUCCAAGAAAGCAGGCGAACCUCAGACCAAACUGCUGAUUCUGGGCGAAUUUCAAGCUCUGGGAGAGUAGUAGGUUUGACCGAAACCUCUCGGCAUUUACAUACUGUGAGUAGCGGGGGCCGAGUUGUUUCUGGCUCAGGUGUUGAGAGAGGCAACUCUGUGGAGCUCAGGCCUGGGGCGUCCAGCUCCCAAGUAGGCCCAGUAGCUCGGGGAGAAAAGGGCGAGAAAGGAGACAAAGGGGUCAAAGGAGACCGUGGACCUGCGGGGCCUAAGGGAGAUGGAGGGUCCAUCAUCGGAUCUGGAGGCGGUGCCAAAGGAGAAAAAGGAAGCCCAGGAGAGAAAGGAAUAAAGGGAGCUGCUGGAUUUGGAUAUCCUGGAACAAAGGGUGACCAAGGACCUCCUGGUCCUCCAGGUCUUCCUGGUCCCCCUGGGUCCAGUGCUGAUGUAGUGGAGAGGGGAGACGGCUCAGUAGUGCAGCGUAUAGCAGGACCAAGGGGGCCUCCAGGACCUUCAGGUCCACCAGGACCUGCCGGGCCUGAAGGAGAAGCUGGUGACCCUGGUGAAGAUGGAAAAGCUGGACCACAAGGAACACCUGGUUUACCAGGAGUCCCUGGAGAUCCUGGAGCUAAAGGAGAAAAAGGUGACAGGGGUGAAGGUCAUCCUGGUCCCAGGGGACCUCCAGGACCUCCAGGACCUCCGUCUCGCUCAGACAGGCCUACAUUUGUGGACAUGGAGGGCUCUGGCUUUGGUGAUCUAGAGGGUCUGCGGGGAUUGCCUGGUUUGCCUGGUCCUCCUGGCCCUCCUGGACCCCCAGGACCCGCACUAAAUAAUAUUUCACAUUCUACUAGUCCUGGUGUUCCUGGACCUGUUGGUCCAUCUGGAAAGGAUGGCAUUCCAGGACAACCGGGACUUCCAGGUCUCCCGGGUACUGACGGAAAACCCGGCCUGCCUGGCCCUAAAGGAGAGAAGGGUGAUACCGGCGCGCUUGGCUUACCUGGAGCAGUGGGAGAAAAGGGUGCACAAGGGCCACCUGGUCAUGCAGGGGCACCUGGACAGACUGGCCUUGCUGGCCUACCUGGACCAAUGGGACCCGUUGGACCACCUGGACCGCCAGGGCGAAGCUACCCUGUUGGAUUUGACGACAUGGAGGGUUCAGGUGAAAUCUUUUCUGGCGGCGUGCCUGGAGUCAGAGGACCAGAAGGCAUACGGGGUCCACCUGGUCUGCCUGGUCAGCCUGGUAUACCUGGGCAAAAAGGGGAGAGAGGCUCUGAUGGACAAACAGGAAUCCCUGGCCAUCCUGGACUUGAUGGCUUUCCUGGCCCACAGGGACCCCAGGGAGAACGUGGAUUUAAAGGCGAUAGAGGUGAACCAGGUCGUGAUGGGAUCGGUCUACCAGGACCCCCUGGACCUCCAGGAGAAAUGCUCUAUCGGUCAUUAGAUGGUCAUGAACUUGGGGCUGAUAGACGCACGUCUGGCAUCCCUGGUCAAGCAGGAUUUCCAGGCCCAAUAGGACCGAAGGGUGACAGAGGAGAUGUAGGUGCUCCAGGAUAUGGGAUGAAGGGCGAGAAAGGAGAGCCUGGUGUUGUUAUUGGGCCUGAUGGAAGCCCACUGUUUCUUGGUUCAGUGGUUGGUCCAAAGGGUGAGAUGGGCUCUCCUGGACCAGUUGGGCCUCCUGGACCAUAUGGUCCUGCUGGCAUGAAGGGUGAGAUCGGAAUGCCAGGCAGGCCUGGCCGGCCAGGUAUUAUUGGAGGUAAAGGAGAAAAAGGAGAGCCAGCCACUGGCUCAGGAUAUAGUUACCCGGGUCCUCCAGGGCCUCCAGGACCUCCAGGACCCCCAGGACCCCCACAAUACCCUGUGGAUAUAUUUGGUAGACAUGAAGACACUGGAAGAGUUCAUCAAGGUGUGAAAGGAGAUAAGGGAGACCCUGGACUCCCUGGUAUCCCCGGGGUUUCAGGCAACUUGGACCUUUACACUCUAAAGAGAGAGCUGAAGGGUGAUAGUGGAGAGCCUGGAACGAAAGGAGAAAAGGGCGAGCCGGGUGGGCACUAUGGUCCUCACUACGGAGGCGUGCAGGGACCACCAGGACCUCCUGGUCCUAAAGGAGACUCUAUUCAAGGGCCUCCUGGUCCACAGGGUCCACCAGGAUAUCCUGGUAAUAGCCAUCCAGGACUCCCAGGACCACCUGGACCUCCUGGGCCACCUGGUUUACCCUCAUUACCUGGUGCUCACAGACCUUCAGUCAGUAUUCCUGGCCCUCCUGGUCCUCCUGGUUCUCCUGGGUUGCCUGGCCAGAACGCUGGAGUGAUAAUACUGAGAACAUUUGACUUAAUGCUCGCAACAGCACAGAGACAACCAGAGGGUGCUCUCAUUUACACGUUGGACAAAAGCGACCUCUAUCUCAGAGUCCGUGAUGGUGUCAGACAAGUCAUGCUUGGAGGUUAUACCUCUCUUUACAGAGAUUCAAACAACGAGGUGGCAGCGGUACAGCCUCCCCCGGUAGUGCACUACUCUCAGAGCCACUCAGCAAAUAACGGAGCAGAGCAUUACUCGCAUGUUGUUGACACUCCAGUCCGGCAACCAGAGAGCGAGCAUUCUCAGCCAGCUGUUGAUCCACAGUACAACACACACUAUUCCUCUCACCCAGUCCCCAGGUACCCACCUCAGCCGGAUCAUAGAUAUCCACCCCUCACUGAGCAUCAGUACAUCCCUGCACCACCAGAAAGGUACCCCAGUACCCAUAUUCACAGACCCAGCACACCUGUCCAUCAGCCUGAGGCUCAUGAACACACAUCAGGACCAGGGCUGCAUCUGAUCGCCCUGAACAGCCCUCAGGUGGGGAACAUGAGGGGCAUCCGUGGCGCUGACUUCCUGUGCUUCCAGCAAGCACGUGCUGCAGGCCUGAAAGGAACAUUCAGGGCUUUCCUGUCCUCCAAACUGCAGGAUCUUUACAGCAUUGUUCGAAAAUCUGACAGAAACACACUUCCUCUUGUCAACCUCAAGGACCAAGUGCUGUAUAGCAGCUGGGACUCGCUGUUUGGUGAUUCAGAAGGCAGGAUGAAGACCAACAUACCCAUAUAUUCAUUUGAUGGCAGAGAUAUUCUCAGGGACAGUGCUUGGCCAGAGAAGAUGGUCUGGCAUGGAUCCAGUGGUAAGGGUCACCGUCAAAUGGAUAACUACUGUGAGACGUGGAGGACGUCGGAUCACGCCGUGAUGGGUCUGGCCUCGUCUCUGCAGGCUGGCCAGCUCUUACAGCAGAAACCUAGCAGCUGCUCCAACAACUUCAUAGUGCUGUGCAUUGAGAACAGCUACAUCACACAGUCUAAGAAGUAGUCCAACACAUCUUUAGAAUGCAGAUCGCAUUAGUUUAACUGUUUGGGCAGAUUUAAAAAAUAUAUAUAUUUUUUUCCAAUUUUCCACCCUGUUUAUAAAAUUUUUUUUAGACAGGGACUGGGUCUGCAUCACAGAGAGGCUGCCCACUGUCCUCUGGUUCCUUAUAUAAUGCCAACAAGACAGGCUGUUGGCACUGUCUCCCGGCAUUGGCACAUAUUUUCCAGAAGGGGUUUGAACCAGAGAGGACAGGAAAUGCAGAGAGGCAGGGUUUUCAAAUGUAUUUUCCAUAUAAAAUUGUAUAUGAAAUGGUUGUUGUUACUGUUGGUUUUUAUGUCUCCUUAUAAAAAAAUGUCUUAAGUGGUAUAUUUAACCAGUUUUAGCUACAUAUUUUUGCAUAACUUUUUUAUUUUUAUUUCUUAUUUUUAAUGCUUCCAUUUUCAAUUAAGGAUUUUUGAAAAUUAAGGGGCGGACAUGUCUAAAACCAUUUUAGAUUUUACAAAGAGAGUAAAUAUUUAUUUUGUGCGAAAAACAAAACAACAAAACCAUAAAUGAUAAAAUUGAAACAUAGAAUAUGGUUUUAUUCUACAAAUAGGAUUUUUGCUCAAUCAUGACCACAAAACUUUUUUUUUGUGCAUACUUCAGUAUUUAGCCCCUUAAAAAAAACUUUUUCUUAUCCACAAUGUCACCUGUAUGUUGACUAUGGGGGUCAGAAUCUUAUGACAUAUGAGUGAAAAAAAAUAAUAUGGAUUUUUUUUCUCCCUGUUGAUGUUGUUGUCAUUGUUGUUGUUGUUGUUGGUUUUAUGCAUUCCGGACCACUUAUACAGGAAAUGUAAAAAGUCUCCAGUAUAUUUUUAGAUCAGUAAAGGUGCUUUUUUUUUUCAGAAAAUCAGAACAUUAUGCAGUCAUUCACCACUAAGUGGGAAACUCAUUCAGUUGCUGCUUUCUGAAAAUUAGAUUUGUAUGUUCAGUACAGAGAGUAAUUUAUGAAAUGACAUGCUUUUAUAAUACUUCUGUGUGAAAUCUCAAAUGCUAACUUUGGUGUAGAGGUGGUUAUUAUAAGUAUGACCCUUUGGAACUCACGAGUUUUUUUUGUAACGGUUAUGUGCUUCAACAUUUUUACAUGGCACUGAAUAAAUAUUUUCACCAUUCACUUGAAAAAAGAA